UACAUAAAAUAUUUCCCUAAAAAAAAAAAGAUAAAUAAAAUCUGGGCAGCAUCGUGAGAUCUCGAUCGAGUUGUGUUGUGUGGCUUCCAUUCAAAUUCCAAUAUUUCAAUUCAACUUCUCUCUAAAUCGGAGGGAAAAAAGAAAGAAGGAAUUACCAACGACGAUGGUGCCGCUACUUGUUUUGAUCGUUGCACUUUUGAUUCCAAACGGAGUGUUGUCAAUUCCCUCCACAGUCCCUGCAUUCCUUUGGUCAUCUCAUUAUAACUUGGUCUCAGACAAUGGAUUGAAGGAGUCCGUUAAUUAUCAGGUCAUUUCUCCAAAAGACCUAGCAAAGUCUGUUUUAUCUGAAGCAGGCUGGUCAAAUUUUCUGUGCAAAGGGAAGAAAUUUCAGGAUCCUCUUGAUCUGGCACUUCUUUUUGUUGGUGGAGAGUUACAAUCUUCAGAUUUAAGCUUGAACAAGCAUGCAAACUCAGCUCUUUCAGACUUGCUCAAGGACUCUUUUGUCAGAUCCAACACUUCCAUGGCAUUUCCCUAUGUUGCAGCAUCAGAGGAUGUGAAUUUGGAAGACUCAUUGGUUUCAGGAUUUGCUGAAGCCUGUGGAGACGAUUUAGGAAUUGGCAACGUUGCUUUCCUUGGAUCUUGCUCCAUGGGUAAUGGAAACCAAGAAGAAACUGCAGCUUCACACUCAGUUCAAGGCUAUUUGACCAAGAGGAUGGAAAAGAGUCACAAAGGGAAAACAGAUUUGGUUGUGUUCUGCACUGGACAGCAUCAAGCUUCAAAAAAUGUUGACAGAACCCAAUCUGAAGGUGAAAUUUUAUCUGAGCUUAUCAGUUCUGUUGAGGAAUCUGGGGCAAAAUAUGCAGUUCUUUAUGUGUCAGAUAUCUCAAGAUCAAUCCAGUAUCCUUCUUACAGGGAUCUGCAAAGGUUUCUAGCAGAAAGUGCAACGGGGAAUGGAUCAACCAAUUUCACAGGUUGUGAUGGAGUCUGCCAGAUUAAAUCAUCGCUUCUGGAGGGACUUCUAGUGGGCUUAGUUUUGUUAAUAAUUUUGAUAUCGGGCCUUUGCUGUAUGAUGGGAAUUGACACCCCAACAAGAUUUGAGGCGCCACAAGACUCAUGAUUCAUUUCUCCAAGCUAAUAAUUGUUCUUAUGCUGGGCCUACUGUAUUAAAAUAUUACUGUUAUAUUAUUUGCAAUUUUUACGGAGGCUCGGAUGAAUGUCAUGUAGUUGUUGAUUUAUUUCAGGGAAGUAUCAUGUUGAAUGAUAAAAUAAUGUGUACCAGUAUAUAAAAGUAAAACAUCUAUCCUAGGUUUUAAUUUUUUGAUCCAGCUGGUGUUGUAAAAGUUUAGUAAGAAGCAAUUACAGAAUGUUUUGAGUGUUCUGUUUUCUCAGUUA